AUGAUCACCAAGGAAACUUUGCCCUCAAUCGCAUCCCUCUCUCCCGCAGUCCUCACCUUCCUCGACGGCAAACUCGAUUCGGUAGAUGGACUUGGUCGAGCUUCCAAUCUCGUAUCGCAGCUUCAAACUCGGUGCAACGACUUGGACCAGAACCUAACAGAUCUCAGCCAGCGUCUUGGAGCAAGCCUGGUCGCGUUACGCUUCUUAUUCUGA